AUGUCAAGGUUGUUCCCUUCAGACAUUAAAGGUAGAGUUCUCAUAUGGUGGGAUUAUCACGGUGAUGUUUCAGCGGUUCAAGCUAAGAAAUUCUUCACCAAGUUCAUCGAGAAAGAGAGUAUUUCAUUAGUGUCUUGGAGCCAUAAGCUAUGUAUUGCUUCUGAAUCGGAAUGGGGAAUGAAGUGUAAUCAAUAUGCUUAUUGUGGAAUUGGUGCCAUAAUGUGUUACAUGACUGAAAGUCAUUCCUCUUACGUGGUACCCAUAUACAUAGUGGAAAUUGAGUCAAAAAAUCUUCGUGGGUGCUUAGGUACGCUUAAUCAGCUUAUGAUCGUGAUUGGAGCAGCAACUACUUUUUUUUCAGAACAGUUGGAUCAUACCAUGUAUGAUUUUAUUCGUGUAUCUGGUUACAUAUUAGAAUCACCUAGAUGGCUGGCAAAAGUAGGACAAAUGAAAAGGUUCGAAAAGAAAUUGAGAAUGCUUCGAGGGAAAGAUGAUGCCAUUUCAGUUGAAGCAUCUGAAAUUCAGAUUGGAGUUGGACUUAUGCUUCUGCAGCAACUUGGUGGUGCUAACAGCAUAGGAUUCUAUGCAAGUGAAAUGUUUGUUGUUGAUGGUAAGGAUAGUUGA